CCAAACUUUGACGUAAAACGCUGUUGUUAAAAAAAUUUACGUUUGUGGUUUGCCAUAAAUUUUCAUUACCGUUUUUGUGAAUUGUAAUUUGUAAUUCGUGUUUAAAGUUGAAAAAUUCAUUGAAUCUAAGUACCUACAUAGUUUUAUUAUAUCGUACAUAUAAGUAAAGACAUUUAUUUGAAAACUUCACUCAACAAUUAACGAUUUUUAAACCAUGCCUACUGAAGUACUGCCGCUGUUAAAAUUCACACGCCUCAGUGAAAAUGCUUACCCACCAGUAAAAGGUUCUGAAAAAGCAGCUGGUUUUGAUUUAAAAAGCGCGUAUGAUUACACUGUGGCUGCACGCGGCAAGGAAUUGGUAAAGACAGAUUUGCAAAUAGAGUUGCCUUCAGGUUGCUAUGGCAGAGUUGCUCCUAGAUCUGGAUUAGCUGUUAAAAAUUUCAUUGAUGUUGGAGCUGGUGUGAUUGAUGAAGAUUACCGUGGCAAUGUUGGUGUUGUGAUAUUUAAUCAUUCUGAUCAGCCAUUUUCUAUUACAAAAGGUGAUAGAAUUGCGCAGCUCAUUUGUGAAAAAAUUUAUUACCCAGAAUUAGUGGAGGUGACUGAUCUUACAGUAACAAAGAGAGCCGAUGGAGGUUUUGGAUCUACAGGAAACCAAUAAAAACAUGAUAAGUUUAGUUUAAGUAUUAGUGUAUUGAAAUAAAUGUCUUAAAAAUA